UGGGUGUCCCCAGCACGCGCACGCAGGAAGUUCCUUUCCUGUCGAGAACGCGAGAUGACGUAAGCUGCUUGCCGCGCAGUGAUGAUGGCGGUUCGUGAACGCGCAGUAAAAGUAAUGGCUGCUCUGGAUCGGCGGGUUCCUAGCCUCGAUGAUUUCGUGGGUCAAAGCUGGACUGCCUGGGCCGAUUGGGCGGGCAUGACGCCGGCGGAUGGGCCUGAUGUGGAUGACUGCAAUAAGAAUGGCAAAAAGGCUGCAGAGGCAAUGUCACUCAGUAAAGAGGACAUGUCCAUCUUUGGCCUCUACCCUGGCCAUGACGACUUCUACCUGGUGGUUUGCAGCCAUUGCGGGCAGGUCGUGAAGCCACAGGCCUUUGAAAAGCACUGCGAGCGGAGACACGGGCCUGUGGCCAAGCUGUACGCCCGCUUACGCUCUCCCACCCCGGCACCGCAACCCCAACAGAGAAGCCAUCACGGCCCCUCUCCUCCUCAUGGGACCAACGCUGCUUCGUGGGAGGGUCGAAACCAGGGAGUCGGGCAGCUCCGGGCGGCUCCACCUUCACCCGUCACACCACCACAGUACAGAUACUCGAAAACUUCCAAGGACGGAGUGCGACACUCCCCACUGGAGAAGUCCCACAGCAGUCACUUUGACUCUUCGGUAUUCAAGCAGCCACCACCUCUCGAGCCUCCCAUGAGCUCCCCACCUCCGUCUCUCAGAGAUCCCCCUUGGCCACACGGAGCUACUCCGCCUGGUAGAUCUUCACCCAGUGACAGGCACCCCACAGUGAGAAAGGAUUCCACUCAAACCUCCGCUGCCACACGCCACCGCAUCCCCAGACCCUACAACAAAGUGGCUUCCAAGAGGAAGUGCGACUUGGACAAACACUGCGGCGUCCUUGACCCCGACAGGAAGAAAGUGUGCACCCGCCUCCUGACAUGCAAUAUUCACUCCAUCCACCAGAGGAGGAAGGUGGUGGGCCGCAGCAAGAACUUUGACCAGCUAGUGGCAGAACUCAAGACCAGGGUUCGAGAGAAAGGGAGCCCAGCCCUGGAGGGAGGCUCCUCGACGGGACAGUCCCUCAGCCCAGAGGCCCCCAGGGAGCAAGCUGGUACUCCACACUGCAGGAGACCUUUGGUCACCCUCCCUGCCUUCAGUUGGCCUACGGCUGUGGUAGAGAGUGCCCCAGAGGAGGAGAGCCAGCGGUCGGAUGAGGGUAAUCCCAGAGUCCCCUCGCCUCUGGUCCACGGACGAAUCUCGAGCGAUGAAAGCGAGGCCGAAGGAAACGACGAGCGAGCUGAGUUUCCAUCUUCGGCUGCGCAUCCCAGACCAGCGGCGGUGUGCUCGUUCGGAAGCCGUGUGUUGGGUCAGGGCAUCUACACGUUUGACAGGAGACUACACCACCUGAGGUCUGCCUUCAGCAGCAUGCUGGAACAGCACAUCAGCGCCCAUCUUUGGAAGAAAAUACCUCAAGCUGCAGACCUUCAGUCUCCUCCUCCUCCAGCCAAGACCAUCACAUCCGUGUCUCCCACCAUCAUGUCCUCCUCUUCAUCACAUUCUAAGGUUCGCACAGGAAGUCAUAUUAGCUCCUCCCUCAAAACGGCGUCAUCCUCAUCAUCUUCCAGUCGAGGGCCGGGGAGGCCCCCAUCCACGCAGUUGGAGAACUACGGGAGCAAUAGCAGCAGCAGCAUCGCCGGUAGUCACGGGCGACCCAAGAAUCCAGUCGGACGUCCCAGCAAGCAAAUGCUGAAGCUGCGAGAGCAAGUCGCUACAGCCGCUGUUCUCCGCAAGCGCAAAGUCCCAUCCCAGGAAGGAGAGCACUCGGGUCCCGACAGGAACUGCAUCGUCCUCCAGGACAGGGGCCGCCCGCCUUCCAACACGUCGUCUUUAUCUUCCAAAGCGCACGCACAGACCAAUGGCACGCUCUCCCCAGCAGCAAACCCCACCCCCAGCUUCCCCACAGACGCCCAGUCGCCGAGCACAAAGGCUAUUUGGACUUACAGACGGACACACCCUCCUCUGGGGGACCCUUCUCCCACCGCCAAUUCCCACAGCCGUGCUUGCGUGGGAGACUCAGGGCUGCACGGGCAGGGCAGCGGGAGGGUCUUUGAGCACCAGAUGGGAACGGUGAAGAAACGCAAAGCUGGUCGUACGGAGGAUAACGCUCCCUCCUCUAAGCCUUCAGCCCACUGCCUGACUUCCUCCUCUUCUUCCAGCUCUGCCACUUCGUCUCCACGCUCAAACUUCUACCCCUGGAAAGACAAUAAAAGCGGGACGCUUUCUGGGGGUGUGGAGAAGAAACUGGGCACACAGAAGCCAAAACUGCACCAUUAAGUGUGCCUGCCUUACAAGCCACGAUGAGGGAGCCAGCUCUGCUCAGUCCAGGACUGAGCCAACAGGACUGUGUGUGUCUGUGUGUGCCUU